CAGUUUGCUUAUGUGGAUUAACUGAAGAUGAAACCCAUCAGUCCUGUCGUUUAUUUGUCCGAGGUCGCUUCUCUCAUCAGUAGCAAGAAUGGAAAACAUUUAGCGCGUUUUAUAAUCUGCAGAGACGCUCACGUUUACAACCCACGUUUAGCCGACCCAGAACCGGAAGCUAUCGCAAUGAAGCAUCUGAUUGCUCCAUGGGAUGAGGCAUUUUCAGCUCAUAUGAGGCAGGGUAUAGAUUUCUCCACUGACUUGAUUUUUUUUGUUUCAAGGUGUAUAUGGGCCAUGAGAAAGCAAGAUUUUGAGGAAGCAUAUGCUUGCCAAGUUAUUGUAGUCAAGACCAUCUCAAAGAUACUCACAGAGUUGAAAGAAGAAAAUUGGAUGUUACCCGUUGUCCUCGCUACGGCGAUUGACCUUCGCCGAUUUGCUUAUGGCUUAGAUAAUGCUGCUGUAGGAAAGACCACCACACCACCUAAUCGCAGUCAUGGAAGACAAAUGGAAGCAGCCGCCCAACUCAUUUUACGACUUUUCCAAAUUUGUGCUAGCGACAGUCGUACACAAUUGGAAGAUUCGAAGAAGCUUGGUAUGAUGGGGCUGGCGAAUCAGCUCUUCAAGAUAUAUUUCCAGAUAAACAAGCUUAAUCUUUGCAAGUCCAUGAUUCGCGCCAUUGACAAUUUGAGUAUUAACGACCGGUUCAGUUUGGCUCAGCGCGUCACUUACUGCUACUAUGUGGGUCGAAAAGCCAUGUUUGAUGGGGACUUUAUUUCCGCGGACAAAUCCCUUACCUUCUCUUUCGAACACUGUCUUGGCAGUGCGUGGCACAACAAACGCCUCAUCCUGAUUUACCUGAUUCCGGUAAAAAUGCUCCUGGGUAUCUUCCCCUUUCCGUCCCUACUUGAGAAGUACAAUCUGAACGAAUUUCUCGGUAUUUCGGAAGCUGUAAAAGCUGGAAAUUUGCAAAAAAUGGAUUCUGAGCUAAACAAAUAUGAGGGCUUUUUCUUGUCUUGCGGUGUAUACUUAAUCUUGGAAAAGCUCAAACUGAUCACAUACCGCAAUUUGUUCAAAAAAGUGUGUGCAAUAAUGAAGACUCAUCUGUUGCCAAUCGAUGUGUUCACCACGGCGCUGCGUCUCAUGAAGGUAGAGGAUAUCGACCGAGAUGAAACUGAAUGCAUCCUAGCCAACUUGAUAUAUGAGGGGAAAAUAAAAGGGUACCUUGCACAUCAGCAACAAAAGCUCGUGGUUAGCAAGCUUCAGGCAUUCCCGGCCUUGAUGACGGUCACGGCCACCCAAUCACGAUAAAACAUCAUUGGUGAACGCUUGCGAGCGGCACAUAUGCCCUCUGGCAGUUGCGUUGCUGAACCUUUUUUGAUUCCCCUCCACUUCCAUGCGCCGUAGCUUGACGGCAUCUGUGUACGAAUGGUGCUUGCGAGUGAAACGCGACGUCUUGUACCUAAAUUUGUGUAAAAUAUCUUUUCCGAAAUUCCUUUUGCACAUGAUAGGAUGCUGCGGAAGAAGCUAAAUAAAAUCAUCCGCAAGGAUGCUGUUUGUGGUGAUAAAAUGUUUGAAUCGAAAAUAUCAACUGCGC